ACGGCUCUCUAUUUUCAAUCUUUUAAGUUGUUUAUUCGGCAGCGGGGCCCUAUCUUACACCAAAGAAAAUGUUAUGAUAGUGUGUGUAUUUGCGCUUUGGGUGCAUCUGAGGUGCUAAGCUCAAUCAUAUUAAUCAAUAAGAUUUUUUUGAAAAUCACACCGCCAUCCAGAUCAGAAGGUCCCGGAAGAACAGUGUCUGAUACCAAGAAGUCCUAUUAUAUAAGUGCCAGUCGAAGGGAAUCGGUACGCGUUCACACCUGGAAGUUGGCUUUGAUCAGAAAAUUGCAUCGUGGUAUAAGAUAGGACGCAGAAAUGGCCAGGUGUCACAGUUCAUCCAGAUCACCACAGAAAGGACGUCAGCAGACAGCAAACACGAUAGAGGUAGCAACAACUCGCUCAUGUCUCUAGUUCAUAAUGUGCUGUUGGUUGGGGAUAUGAAGAACUCGUUCAAUACUUACUCCUGCAACAAUUCAGACACUAGGUGCAAUAUCCCACAAGCAGAAUUCAGUGGGACAAUCAGAUCUUAUUUUGAAAACGGCAGUGCUCCAGUUCCGAUGGCUGACAACAUGGCUUUCUUGACGCACAGAAGAAAGAGAACCAACUUUACGCAGCAGCAACUAGAAGUUUUGGAAAACGUGUUUAGCUCGACUAUGUAUCCCGAUAUCUAUCUGAGGGAGAGGCUAGAAGAACUCACCUCUCUCCCAGAAUCCAGAAUUCAAGUUUGGUUCCAGAAUAGACGUGCAAAAUCUCGUCGGCAGACAACAGUGUCCCCUUCUCAAAGAGCACAGUCCCGCCCUAACCACAGUGCUAUUCCAUUCCCUCAGCUCGAGAACAACCCGUCUCAGGAUUUCUACAGUCACUCCAAUGUAACUACUAGAAAUGGUUAUGGAUCUCUGUCAAAUGUCACCGACGAGAACAUUCAGCCGGAGCAACUCAUCACCAGAAACCAUCAUAAUGCAGCACACUCCCUUAUCUGCGUUUACAACAAAGUCUCAGCCAGAGAAGAGGAGAAACCCUUUCAUGAGAAUACAGUUAUCGCAGGAACGAGCGAUGGCCUCCAAAGCAAUAUUCUUCAUUACAAGGCUGUUGCUCAAAUUCUUAAUUUUAAGAGUGCACCAAAAGCCUUGGAUCUUGCAUGGAGGAAUGCCAACAAAGUCCAGCCUAAUUCCAUGGUGGAAUAUGAUAACUAUCCCCCCAACAAAACCAUAGGACCUGAAAUGAAAGUUGUGAUUCCCCCAAUUCCCACUCCUACCAACGCCAGGUCUUCACCUAAAAGGAGUGUCUGCCCAGUGCAACACGGCAUGCAUCUGGAAUCCAUCAGGCCAUGUAGCUUUGGACAUUUCUCUCCCAUUCCCAAGAAUGGAGAUUCGAAGGAUAGGUUUUCUGAUUCAGAUUCUGAUUGGGAAAGUGGUACAAUUUCUGGUUUUGUCAAUUUCAUGUAAACUGCUAACCGAUAUCUGUAUUUUAUUGAAUAGUAAAGUUUUUUAGACUACAAUGAAUGCUUUAGACAUGUAUGUGCAUUGUUAUAUAAUGCAAAGGUUUAUACCAAGCCUGUUUUCUAAAUAGUUGCUUUUUAAUUGUUAUUGCGCUGCAUUAUUUGCUUUUUUAUUUUAUUAAUUAAUGUCCCUGUUUAAUGC